GUUGUUGCUUUAUGUCUCGCUUUAAUCGUACUUAUUGUAGUGAGUCUUGUCGUUCUAUUUGUCUGUCGCUACCUCACCACAGGAGUUGACCUAGCCAUGAAUAUAUUGUCACUCGCAACAAGAAAUAAUCCCUAUAUGUUAUUACCGCAGACAGAGACUUACUUGGAUGCUUCUGAUCGCGCGAGACUACUCCGCAACUACUAA